AAUUUUUUUAAUUUUCUUUUUCUUUUUUUUUUGUUUUAUUUACAUACUAUAUUGAUGUAUUUAAUAAAUGAUAAAAAUAUUUAUUUUUUAAUGCAUUGUUAUGUCUUAUCUAACAUUAUCGGAGAUUUUUAAAAAAUUGUUCUAUGAAUCUAGAAUAACACAUAACUAUUAAUCUUAUCUACAGUUAUUAACAUCUUAUCUACUUCAAAGCUGGUUUUAUAAACUGAGGUGGUAAAUCUAACUCACCUGAAUGUACUUAAGUUUUUUUGUCAGUUUUUCCUUACUCUUUUUUCAUCGCUCAUGUACAAAAUAGGAAAUGAAAACGAUUUUCAUAUGUUUUAUUUUGAGAACCGCAAUAGGAUUUUCAUUAAAUAAGAUUAUAUCAAUAGUGUAUUUAUUUUAUUGAUAAUCACUGGUGACCAUUAUAGAUUCACAAUCUAUUUGAUUAUUUUUAACUAUCUGUUAAUCGAAACGUAUUAGAAAUAAAUUGUCAACAAUUGUCAUUUUAUGUUCUUCAGUUAAAACUAAUAGGAUUAUAGCAAGGAAUGCGAUUUAAGUCGUGCGAUAAUCGUAUCGAAGUAUAAGCUUGUUAUGUAACAAUCGGUUUCACGUGGGUUAAAGUAAGUAGUGUUAGUAGGCUGUAAACUUACACUUUUCAGUUUUUCAUAUAUUAUAUCUUUUUUGGUGGUAGUUUGGGUCUUGUAGCAAUUUGGUCAGAUAUGUGUCGGCACGUGUUUGUUUUACACAAAUGCAUAAAGAAUAAAAAAUAUAAUUGAACAUGUAAUAAUUAGUACAUAAAUUAAAAAAAAAAAAAAAUAAUAAUAAUAAUAAUAAUAAUCUCUCUUUUUUGAGGUGUUCGUUUAAAUGUAUUUAAACAUUGAAGCAAUUCUGCAUGUUUAAAAUUAAUAUAACACCUAAACUAACAAUUUUCAGACAUAACAUUGUUAAAAACUGCGUCGACUAAUUCAAAAUUAGAGGUUUAUUUACAAAAAAGUCCAAUUGCACUUUACAAUUUCAUCGAUGCAUAAAAAUGCAUGAAAGUUUCAUAGAAUUAUAUAGCCAUUAUAUGUAACAUAUUACCAUUUAAUUUUGUCAUAUGACAUUUUUCGCCACUUCCAAUUCUUUUAAAGAUAUAGUUCGACCCAGUUCCGUAGACACCCUGUAUGUAUAUAUGAUCUGUCAGAUAAAUAUCCGAUCUUGCGUUAUAACAUAAAAAAGAACUAAAUUUGAUUAAUAGCGAUAAUGUCCUCUUCAAAGUACUCUCUUUGGGAAAUUACAAUCUUCUUUCAGCGAUUUUCGGAAACAUUCUUUAUAUUCAAAUUUUGGUAUAGUUAACAGCCGCUUUGUCACGUUUCUUUUUGUCCUCCAAGUCUUUUCCACAAAUUUGGCCGUUUCAUUUUCAUUGCGAGACGUAAUAGUUUCAAAACUUCUUUGUAAAACUUCUUUAUUUACCGUCUUUUAUUAUUAACUGAGGUUUAUUAAUUAAAACUCGAAUUAGUUACAUAUUUUUAGCCGUUAUUUUGAGUUUUCCAAAACGAGGGUUGCUCUUAACUGAUGUACGACCAUUUUUAAAUCGCUUAAGCUAUUCUUUAAUCUGUGUGUUAUUUAUGGAUUCAUUUGCCAUAUACUUUACGAAUGAUAUAGAUGGUUUCCGAACACGAAUGAAUGAGUUUUUAGCAACAUUUAAUGCACACUCUUUGUUUAUUAUGUAUAGUCAUCGUGAAAUACGACGUGCUCGAAAUUCAACAUUUACUCAUAAGUGUACUAUUGUCAACUGAAGACUUGAAGGUGCUGCCUGGCACUUAUAAAGAUCCCUUCUUAACACUAGAUUUACCAGAUCAGUCAUUUUGACUAGUCAUGCAAUUUAAAUUCAAAAUUCCUACUGUAACAUUUGCUUUCCGAAAUGAUGUGAUUUUUGUAGCUAUAAAUAGAGAAUACAUUUUAUGAACUUAAUAUUACAUUAUAUAUAAUAGUAACAAACAUAUUUUUUGUUAUUGACACUUAUACCAGUACCAGUCAAAAUGACUGGUACACGUUUCUAUGAAGAAAUUCUGUAAAAAAAAGACAUUGGGGAAGCUAUAACAAUCAUUACAUAUGGUGAUUUUACUGAGAUUCUGCGAUAUAUUCGUUUCGACAAAAGAAAUUAGAGGAGUCGACGUUUGCAAACAGACAAAUUCGCUUUAGUCUCAGCAGUUUGGGACAAAUUUAUUAAAAACAGUUAAAAUUGCUUCAAACUGGGAGCUUAUAUUACCGUGGAUGAGCAAUUCUUUCCAAUGAAGGCCAGAUGCAGAUUUAUCCAGUAUAUGCCAAAUAAACCCCAUAAAUGUGGCAUAAAAUUCUGGCUGGCGUUUGAUGUACAGACGAAAUAUGUGGUAAGAGGGUUUCCAUAUUUAGGAAAAGACGAGGCUCGAGAUGUAUCAACUCCCCUAAGCGAAUUUGUUGUAAUGAAACUUCUUGAAUCGUAUACCAUGACGGGUCGAAGUGUGACAACCGAUAAUUUUUUUACAAGUUUUUCUUUGGCGUUAAAAUUAAGAUCUAAAAAUACCUCGUUGCUUGGAACAAUACGCGCAAACAAGAGGGAACUGCCGAAAACCUGCAAACUGAAAAAAGACGGCAUGGCUCGUUACUCAACGUCGUUGUAUCAAUCCAAUGGAUGCACACUUACCGUUUAUAAGAGCAAACCAAAUAAAAAAGUACUUAUACUAAAUACAAAGCAUAAACACGUCACAAUUGAUAAAACUGCUAAGAAAUUACCUGAAACUGUAUCGUUUUAUAAUAGAAUUAAAUUUGGCGUCGAUGUCACUGAUCAAAUGGCACGAAAAUAUACCGUGAAAUCAAGUUCCAGAAGGUGGCCAUUUCAAGUCUUUUUCAAUAUUCUAGAUUUAGACAGAAUAAAUUUCUGGAUAUUGUACAAAAAUACAACAGGAGAAAAUAUCACAUGUAAAGACUUUUUGUUUCGAUUAGCAGAAGAGCUUGCUUCAGAAUAUCAGACUUCAAGGCAAAAACCAUACGAAGCCUAUAUACCAACUACAAGUGGCACGGUUCCUGUACGCAAAUGGUGUCAAAUAGGAUAUUGCAACAACAAUAAGACUACAAAAUUUUGCGAUACAUGCAAAAAAAGUGUAUGCGGAAAGUGUACACACAGAAAAAUUUACAUAUGUAAUAAUUGUGAUGGACAAACUGUAAACAAUUGAGCGUUUUGUUUCUUGAUAAUGUCUGUGAAUCUAUUUAUCUAUUAAAAUCGAUAUUAAUCAACUUUUUUGUCAUGUUUUAAGUGUGAAUAAAGAUUGGAAGCCUCAAUAAGGAUUUUUUUUACACCAGUUAUUCUGACUAGUUUUGGUAGAAAUAGUAUAUUAAAAUAGCCGGUAUAUAUUAAUGAUGAAUACCUAUUUUAAAUAAUAGUACACUUAGAUAAAAAGUCAGAGUACAAGGUCGGAUAGUUAUCUGACAGACCACGUAUGUGUGUAGAUAUAUAUUUAUUAUAUUAUAUUAUUAUAUAUUAUUAUUACAAUAAUGUGGAAUAUGGUAGAGUGUAAGUGAAAUAUAAUUGAAUUCUCCAUGGUUUACUUAAGACUGUCUUUCUGUGGUUCUUUUCUCAUGAACGCCCAAUA